AAUAUGCACUAGAAUUUCCAUGGUAUGCUAGCUUACCUCGGGUAGAAUCUAGGCUAUACAUCGAACAGUAUGGUGGAGCAGAUGAUAUUUGGAUUGGCAAGACGUUGUACAGAAUGCCCGAUGUAAGCAACAAUGUAUAUUUACAAGCUGCAAAAUUAGAUUACAACAGAUGCCAAAGUCAACAUCGAUUUGAGUGGUUGAUUAUGCAAGAGUGGUACGAGAAGUGCAAUUUCCAACAUUUUGGAAUAAGCAAAAAAUACCUCCUAGUUUCUUAUUUCUUAGCUGCUGCAAGUACAUUUGAGGUAGAAAAGUCAAGGGAACGACUUGCAUGGGCUAAAUCUCGUAUAAUAUGUAAGAUGAUUACAUCCUACUUCAAUGAAGAAGCCACCGAUUGGACCACUAGAAAUUCAUUGUUGAUGGAACUCAAGGGUUUUCAUGACAUGAGCAAAAAUAGUAAUAAAACAAAAGAGAUGGUUCUCAAUAAUCUUCGUCAGUUUUUGCACCAACUCUCGAAAGCAACAUAUGAAGACCUCGGCAGAGAGAUCCAUCACCAACUACACAAUGCAUGGGAAACAUGGUUGAUGUCCUUGAGGGAGGAGAAGAAUACCUGCCAAGAAGAAGCAGAGUUGCUAGUGCAGACAAUUUAUCUUUCAGCUGGCCAUAUGAAACAUGAUGAAAUACUAUUUGAUGCAGAGUACAAUAGCCUAUCCAUCCUGACCAAUAAAAUAUGCCGCAUGCUUAAUGAGCUCCAAAACGACAAGAUAUCUGCUGACCAAUGGUGUAGUAGGACUACUGGCAGCUCAAAGGCCACUGACAUUGAAUUAGACAUGCAAGCUCUUGUAAACCUAGUUUUUGGUAACUACUCAAGCAACGUCAAUCAAGACAUUAAGCAAAUAUUUUUUGCAGUUGCGAAGACCUUUUAUUACACUACACAUAUUACUGAGGAAGUAAUCGACUUUCAUAUAUCCAAGGUGUUGUUUCAACAAGUUUAGUAACAUUCUUAGGGUACUUUCUCUCUUUCUUAUAUUUUGUAAUUGUCACUACCAUUUGAAACUUCGCUUGUAAUUUGUAGAAGUCAACUUUAUUAGUGCAUAUCCAUUAUUGGAGACCUAAGAUGAUUCUGCAAAAAUUUACUUAAUUUUAAUGUCAAUUCAU